AUGUUCGAUGGUAAUUUUCGAUCUAAAAGAGAAGUCAAUCUAGGGAGCAGAGGCAACCGGCGCCGGAAUCAGCAGAAGCGAAGUAGCAACAAGCAAGAUUUGCUGAGAAAUGCGCAAGAGCUACGCAAGCAACGCCAACAACAGCAGAAUCGUGAAAAGGCCGUUCGGUUGAUUCAAAGAGUAGCUCGAGGCUGGAAAGCACGAUUAUGGUGUCUCGAAUACCUUCUAUCGAGGGAAGAAGUGGUAGCUGUCUCAAUAUGUCUAUCGCUAAGGAAGCUGCUCCCGUCUCAUUCGUCGAGCAUACUACAGGUUCUUUUGAGAUUCUCAAACAACGAUUCAUGUCCCUCUGUAAGAAGAGACAAUUCUGCAAACCUAGAAGACAAGGCAGACAGCGAAUGGUUUUCGCAGGAACGCAUUGUUCGUUUCACACUACAGUGCUUUACACCAAUAUUGGAUAGCGCGGAGUGCCAGGCUCUGUUCUCGAUCCUUGAGAAUUAUAUGCCUAUUUUGAGUAUUCGAAACGAACUUUUCGUUGAUUUGGUAAUGUGCUUCAAAUCGUGGUGGCAUCAGCCUUCGAGCGAUGAAAGCAUCACAGCUACGCUUUUUUCUUGGGCAAACAAGGCUCGCGAGGGUCUGUUUGAAACUCAUUCAGACGCACUACUUGGGUCGGUUCUGCUUAGCGCCAGAAAUGAUCGGGUUGAAACUCUCGAGAACGCAUACUCAAAAUGGUUCUUACCAUUAGCCGCAUCAUUCGAUGAAGAUGACAAACAAUCCGAUGAUGUGAUUCUAAGGGCAACAUUGAAAAAUUUGAAUGGAAUGGAAGAAGAACAGAACACUCUGUCAAACACUCUGAAUUUUGUAACCCAGUCUCGUGACUUCAUUGACCCUCUUCCACUUGUAAAGUUCAUGAGCCAUAUGUUGACCAAGGAGAGUACUUCUCCGUUGAUAGUGAUAUCAUCCUUGUUAAUUCGGGGAGACUCUCUAGAUUUUUCUGUAGUACCGGUGCCAAUUGAAUCGGUGUAUGAAGAGUCUGAUCAUGAAGAGGAAGCUGACGAUGUUUCCAAGCCAGAUGUGAAGCGACAGCGGCCAACAAGCCGAUACGCGAAGAAAGACCUUCUGACUGUGCCAAAGCUCGAUAAGCUAUAUCAAGAUCGCAUUGAACAACUUAAAAAUCAGUGCAAAGCAGAUGACGGAACUAAAGCAUUGGCAUUAAAGGUGAUUGAUGCACCUUGGUUGGAGUGGGGGCUACAGCUAUUGGAAGAAGCGACCAAGAGCGAAGCAUACGUCAAAUUGCUUGCCCUGCUUCUGCAAGCAAGUUCUAGUAUGCGACCGACGAUGAAGUUAGGCGUAUUCUCGAAACUCUCGUUUUCGAAACGCUUUAUGGAACUGUUGUGGCGGGUUGUCACUCUGUCUUCAGAGUACACACCGUUGAUCGUCUUUUGCGAACUGUUCAGCCAUUAUCUGGUCGCUCUCAGCGAUUUAGAAUUUGUAAGACUCCAUGCAGAUGAUGAAAACGCGCAAGCUCUUCAGGCCAGGGAUAUUGUGAAUCAUUUGAAGAAUGUAUUGUUUGAUGUCUAUUGGAGUAAGCCUGUGUUGGCAUCGGAGAUUUGCCCAUCGAAUCCAAACGCACGGAUUCUUUUGUCUGGAACUAAAGUUUGGAAUUCGCUAUAUGAGCGAUGGAAUCGCCUGGUACGGUCUCCUUUUUGUGACGAGUCUAUGUGGUGGUUCCCACACCUCGCUUCCAAAGAUGGAGAUCGAGCCAUUUUACCGGCGAGAGAGCAGCAACAAGAGGAAAAUCAAGAUGAUGAUUCAAUGAACGAAGAAAAUGACUCGGUUGACGAAAACAGCGCUGAGAUGCGGAUCUCGGAACCUGAUUCUCUGGCUGACUCAUUCAGUGACCCAAAAAUGGCAAGGGUUUUAACAUGCAUUCCACAAGCCAUUCCAUUCGACCGCCGGGUAAGGCUCUUCAGUUCACUGUUGAAAGCGGACAAACUUUUAGUUUCCCAACAAGCUUCCCACUUGCAGGCGUUGAUGGCAAUGCAAGGAGGGGAACAGAAUGUUUGGAUGGACGGUACUGUGAGGGAAAAGGUAAAAAUAAAACGAGCCGAACUAUAUAGUGAUUCGAUGAGUCAAUUGAACGCGCUGGGUAAGAAGCUUAAGCAUCAGGUGCAAGUAACGUUCAUUAAUCAGCACGGGGCCGAAGAGGCUGGGAUUGAUGGAGGAGGAGUCUUUAAGGAAUUCUUGGAUGAUCUAAUCAAAGAUGCCUUUGCUGCUAGAGUAGAGAAAUCCGAUAGUGCCACUCCGGCAUUAUUCACUGUUACCCCACACCAGACCCUUGCAGUAAACAUGGAUGUGACAGAAAACAAAGAGAUGCUUGCGCACUACGAAUUCCUUGGACGCGUGCUAGGAAAAGCAGUGUACGAGUCUAUCUUGGUCGAGCCACAGUUUUGCCUGCCAUUUUUGAAUCAACUACUGGCGAAACAAAACUCUACAGAAGACCUAAAGAAUCUCGAUGAGGAGUUUUACAAGAACCUGAUAAAGUUGCGCACCCUCGGCGAUCAAGAAAUCGAAGCGUUGGGCUUGACUUUUGAGAUGACAAUAGGGAGUGCAUCAGCCCCUAGAACCAUUGAUCUGAUUCCUGGAGGUGGCACCAAGGCCGUAAAUUCGAGAAAUGUCUUCAAGUUUAUCCACCUGAUUGCCCAUCAUCGGCUGAAUAUUCUCGGAUCUAUCCAGACCAGAGCAUUCCUUCGCGGGUUUCGAGAUUUGAUCCCGGCUUCGUGGGUCCGGUUGUUCUCUGCAUCUGAGCUUCAGAAGCUUAUCAGCGGAGAUGAUUCGAUCCAUGGCAUAAGCGUAGGCUCCUUGAAGCAGGCAAUGCAGUAUGGUGGCGGUUAUCAUCCUUCACAACCCUUCAUUCAAGAUUUUUGGAGUAUCCUAGAAGAUGAAUUUACACCAGAGCAGCAGCGCAAGUUUCUCAAAUUCAUGACAUCGUGCUCUCGCCAACCGUUACUUGGAUUUGGUAGCUUGGAACCAGCACCAGCAAUCCAACAGAUCCGACUCACGGAUGAAGAGAUAACAGAGAAUGCCAAGCUUCCCACGUCACAGACAUGCUUUAACUUGCUGAAGCUCCCAAACUACAAGAACCGAGAUCUACUGAAAAAGAAGUUGAUUGAUGCAAUUGAAUCGGGUGCAGGAUUUGAGCUCACAUAG